CUCAUCCAUCCCAUUCUCAUCAGCUUAUCCCCAACUAGAUAAACAAAGCCUCUAGCCUCAGCCCCCACAUGCCCAUGUCUGUAUCUCAAACUCCGCCCCUUUUCUCACUAUUACCAAAUAUUCUUCCUCCAAUUUCCUCAUCAUGUUAGCAUCCUAUUGGUUCACAUUACAUCCUCUUUGACCACUUCCCAAGCUCCGCCUCCACAAGCACCUGCCUAGCCACUGGUCAGUGAAGUGUGACCAGGGUCAGUGAAGUGUGACUGAUCCAAUCCCUGGCCUCAUCAGCAGGUGGUCAGCAGGUCUACACAGCGGGAGACUUGAGCACUGCAGGGCUGUCCUCUCCCCCCAUCAAUUGUUAUUAGUGUCAGGGCAUUCUUUGACCAUGUGGUCUGGAGGGGUAUAAAGGGGCUGGGACCUAGGUCAGUGGUCAGUUGUGACUGAGCUUCAGUUGUGAGAGGUAGUCUCUCAAGUUCCAAAUCUAGCAGUGGAUUACAAAUACCUUCACAAGGACCAUGGUUUACUACACAGCCACAUCCUGCCCCUGUGCAGAUACCCCAGAUGAGAAUCAGUGGAUUCCCAUCUCAGAGGAUUCGUCCGUGACGUCAUGCACCAUCAUCCCCAGCACAACAGUCACACCAGAACCGGAAAUUACGCCGGCAAAAUUCAUCGGAACACAAUUCCGGUUCCAGAACUAUUUUACACCAGUGUCGUCACGAUCAUCUCCCCUUCCCAAGUUCACAUGGGCGGAUUCAAAGGAGGUGUGGCAGUUGAUGCUUAAGAAAGAGGUUCUGUACGUCCGAGACCAGAACAUGUUCGACAGGCAUCCAGCUCUGCAGCCAAGGAUGAGGGCCAUCCUGCUCGACUGGCUAGUUGAGGUGUGUGAGGUGUACAGGCUUCACCGUGAGACAUUCUACCUCGCCAUUGACUUCAUCGACCGCUACCUCUCCCAGAAGCGUAAUGUCAUGAAACACAACCUCCAGUUAUUGGGAAUCACAUCUCUCUUCAUCGCUGCCAAGCUAGAGGAGAUCUACCCACCCAAACUGACCGAGUUUGCCUAUGUUACGGACGGUGCAUGCACGGAGGAGGAGAUCCUUGACCAGGAGUUGAUCAUGCUGAAGGCCCUGAAUUGGGACCUGUCCCCCAUGACCUGCAACGCAUGGCUGUCUGUGUACCUACAGGUCGCUAACAUGGAACAGAUAGUCAAGGCAGAAGAUGGCUUUGUCUUCCCUCAGUUCUCAGGCCAUGCCUUCGUCCAAAUUGCAAGGCUGUUGGACGUGUGCAUGUUGGACCUCGGUUGUUUGCAGUUCACGUACAGCGUUCUUGCUGCAUCAGCCCUCUAUCACAUGACCUCACAAGAUGUUGCUCUUGCCGUCUCAGGCUUGAGCUGGCAGGAUAUUCUGCCCUGUGUGCAGUGGAUGUCGCCUUUCGCUGUCACAGUCAGGGAAGAUGGGCCUGUCGAAAUCAAGUUCUUUCCCACAGUCCCGUCUGAAGACUGUCAUAAUAUCCAGAUUCACAACAUAGAUCUCACAUUACUGGAAAAAGCUCAAAGUCGCCAGGAAGAGGUAAUGAAUGCAGCCCGUAGAUCGCCAGACAUAACAUCUCAAGUUAUUACGCUACUGACGCCCCCUAACAGUGAUGAGAAGCCUCUACCUCUCCACAAACAGGGGGAUGUAGCAUGAGAACAACACCAUCUACAUUGUGUACAAACUGAUGCUGUUUCCCUAACAGUGCAUAAACUGAUGCUGUUUCCCUAACAGCUAAUGUGAACCACAACUAACAAAGACGUUAGUCCAAACUCACAGCUACGCCGGCAUUGCCUCCUGCAUGUCGGCUCGUGGCAAACCGGUGUGAUUGACUGCCACAGACGACUGUUUCCUUCGUGACAACAGCGCCAGAUUCUGUGAAACGCCCCGAGAUGGGGUUAUGGGGUAUAUGCAAUCAUGGGUUCUCCACAUCGUGUGGAGAUUAAUGAUGAUGCACUUCAAGAUAUUGACUUGAUGAAGCAGAGGAUGUUAUGAUAUGAACGAGUGUCAAAUGUGAAUGGACAGUGUUCAGUGUGAAAAUGAACGCAAUGAACGUUCAACUAGUCUCCGCCAGUAAUAACUGGUUCUACUGCCUGACAACUUCAGGCAUGGCGUGUUCAAACCUACGCAAUAAACGCGCAUGAACUAGUCAGAAGCUAGGGCAGUUUGAAUACAAAUCUUGACAUUUCCAAUGUGUUCAGAAUAUGACCAAAAAGAUAAUUUUCCAUUUUGACUCGCAAAAUGCAAUAGUGCUCAAUAUUUUUCUACUUCAAUGUUAUUUUUGUGUCAACGAAAAAAAUCAUUCAUUACCAUCAAACCACUGCCAAGCAGCAUGAACUCAAUACUGCAAUAUGUUUUCUUCAUGUGUGAUUAUAUACCUACAACACCAAAUAGAGGGAUUAACUUAAAUAAAGUUAUUUAUUUUUUUUCAACUAUUUAACAUCUUAGAUAGUGACUGUAUGCUAUGAUGAAGUAUUUAAGUCGGAUAUUAUUAUACAUGAAUUAACUUAAUUUCAUGAAUAGUUCAUGAUGAAUUAUUCACUGUACAUAAUAGUACUGAUACUAUUGUAUAGUAAUACUAAAAGGGAGAAAAAAAAUAUAAAAGUUUUUAUUGUUUUUUCCAAAAACAUUAGCCAUGUUAGCAUGGAAAGUAGUAUCUUUCUGUGAAAGUAUCACAAAUAAAUAUGAUCUCAAUCUUUGCAAGGAUGCAUUCAAAUGAUUCAUAAUUCUUGUAUCUCAAAUUUUUUUAAAAAUAUCAGGUCUUUGUGGCAAAAUGAAAUUUAUUUUGCAAAUGCAUAAAAAUUAAUUUUGUUUAUGAAACACUCCACGACUGAGGAUAGAUUUUCGUUUUGCAUAAUUAUAAAUAUGAUGAGAUACUGGUGCCUACAACAUCCAUCAUCCCAUACUGUUGAUCAAAUGAAGAAAUCACUUCUUUUUAUUCAUGAAAAAAGAUUAUUUUGUUGAUGGUCAGCCCAUGUGAACAUUUUACGUAAUAGCAUAUUUAGGGUUGCACCAGUUUUAUGUGUGUAAAAGCUUACCAAAGCAUAAAGGCAAGUAUUUCUUCAGUGUUACAAACAUGUGUCAUGUACAUACUAGUUAAUUGUUAUUUUAGUUGCAGCCGCAAGGUGUUGUCUUUAUCAUAAGUCAUAAAUGCAUUUCUGGAAUGAAUUUAUAUGUUACUUAUUUUAAAUGACUUAUUUUAAAGAUUUCAACCAAGGAUGUAAGCUAUGUAAAUUUAUCAGAUGAAAUAAAAGUGAAUAAUUUAUAA